AUCAUCGCCAAUCACACACCAAGCUUAACUUUACCAGAGACAGCCUAGGAGAGCUACUGCAAAUUGCUGGAAAGGAAACAUGCACCCUUCAUUGUUCCAUUAGUAUCCGCAAAACGUUGAUAUUGCAUAUAUUUAUAGGAUGAUGCAGUCGGGCGCUUUUGUACCUGCUUCAACUCGCAAUGGGCAGGCAGAGGAGGGGGGCCGGGGCCACUCUCCGCCCCGCACCUGGGUUGCGCAGCCCCCUCCGUUCGGGGUCUCUGCAGACCGCUUUAAUCGCGAGGGUCACGGCGGCAGUCCGGAAUACCAUGCAGCGUACCGUGAUGUGGUGCAGCCGCCGCGCUGGACAGCAAAGGGUUGGGUGGGUAUGGAUGACUACGUGAAGCCGCGGCGCGGCACGGCGCCCUCCGUGUACGGCACCUCCAGCCUGGUGCCGCCCACCGCGCCGCCGCGGCACGCCUCGGGCCUGGCGCCGCUGGCCCCGCCCGUGCCCAACGAGGUGCGGCUGCAGGAGCUGCUGGGGCUGCAGCGCCGCAAGCUGCACACGGAGCCGGGGCCGGGCGCGUACGAGUCGCACACGACCACCCAGCGGCGGCGCUUCCGGCGGCAGCACGACCCCACGCUUGACGGGCCCCUGUUCCUGGAGCACGUGGCUGACGGCACCAGCACACGUGUCAAGGAGAUCGCUGCGCUCAUCAGGUCGCAGGGCGACAGCGGGCUGGGCCCGGGCGAGUACGACGGCCUGCUGAACAAGGACCGCGUCAUGCGCAGCGCGCCGGCGGUGCGGGUGGGUACUGCGGACCGCGAGGGCCGCUCCCAGCACGCCAAGUCGUUGUCCAUCAGCCGCAGCAUCCAACACGGCAUCGACUGGCACGUGCCCGUGAUCGUGACGCCCGCCCCCACAGCAGGGGCAGGGGCAGGGGCCAUGGCGGCUGGGGGCUCGGCGCCCGCUGGCGAGGUUGACGCCGCAGCGACCGCCGCACCGCGCGCGGAGCAGCCUUCGGCGCUGGCGCGGAACCACAGUGUCAGCGGCAGUGUUGGCGGCGGCGGUGGCGGCAGUCGGGACACCUCACCCAGCGGUCGGCCCACGGCCGCAGAGCAGUACCUUGGGGCACCGCCGGCGCCGCCGUCUCAGGUGUCGCGCGCAGUGCGGCGGCAGCAGGAGCGGCGGCCGGGUGACUGGGACUGGAAUCGGCUCAACAAGAACUACCGGACGACCUGGACCACGUUGCAUGGCGGCGCCUACACGCACGGCGAGCAUCCCGUAUCCAAACCGCCGUACGCCGGCGGCCCGGGCGGCGGCGGCGCGGCUGGCGGCGGCGGCUCUGGGCCGCUGGGGGGUAUGGGCGGCUCCCACAGCUCGCCGGCGAUGGAGCCGCACGCGGUGGCGCAGGGCAUCUACCCGAUUGCGGAGGAGAGCAGCGGCGCGCUUGAGGCGAACAGCUCGAUGGGCUCGAUGCAGCAGCAGUACCACGCACAACAGCAGCAGCAAUACCAGCAGCACCAAUACCAUUACCAGCAGCAACAGCAACAGCAGCAAUACCAUGUCCCACCCGGCGACGGCGGUGGCGGUGCCGGUGGACCGUCAGGGCAGCCGGCGGACGGGUAUCCGGAGCAGGGUGCGGCAGGAGGCGGCUGGGAGGCGGGCGACGGCUACGGUGGCGGUAUGUCGUUGCCAGGCGGGCUGCCUCCGGUGGGCAUGUCGGGGCCAGCUAGCAUGUCGCUCAAGCAGCCGGGGCAGAAGAUCAAGUCGCUCAUAUCGGAAGAAGACUUGCGGCGGCGGCGGGCGGCGAUAGCGCUGGCUCAGCAGGCGCAGCAAGCCAACAACCGGGUCACGGACUGGCAGUCCAAAUUCGCGGGGUAGCGGGACCGAGCAAACUCCUUGUUGGUAGCUAUUAAUGGAAUUGGUGCAGGUUUGGUGACGUGCUGUGUGUAUUGGUGCUUCGCUGGAUUGUUGUGGUGGAGGAUACCCCUCAAGAGACUGCAGGGUUGGCUGCUGGUAAUGCGUUCCUUGGUUCCUGCAUUUGUGAUUGAGGCUUCGUGUGGACGUGUGCACAAUGGUUGAGCAAGGUGUGCAGCACUGCAGCGGGUGCGCACGUGUAUGUUGCGGCCAAAUUGACGAAGCUGAUGGAGGCGUGCCCGUGCAUUGCUGGACAGGGCCGGAUGGCCUGGAUGGUGUCUGAGCCGCUGCGCUUUCACCCACACGCUGCACUCAUCCUUAUGUAAUGCAGUAUGGAA